AUAUUACUUGAAACAAUUGCCAUCAGUAGAGACCCUGAUCUCAAAGAGUGCACAUGUCUACUACAAUUCUGAAUUGUCCAUAACAAAAUUUUAGUUAGCCAAAGCUAACAUUUUUAUUGUAACUGUGGUAAUUUUAUUAUUUUUUUUUUUUAACUGUUAAAUUUACCCGCCAGCGCUCAGCGUUCAAAAUAACGUCCACUUAAGAAUAAAUAAAUGAAAUUGAAUUAGCAACAAAGUUGGCUUAAGCUUUUUUUUUUUUGAAUACACACAGCAAGUUUACAAUAAUGGCAAAUAGUUUCAAUCGACUAACGAGCCCUCCUCCCUCUCUGCAAUUGGGUCCCUUUGGGAUGGAAACUUCACAUUGGUCAAGAAGAACUAAUAAUCAAAUAGGAAUUGCAGACGAACUGAGGAAAAUCUCAUUGAAACAUAUGGAAAAUAAUGAAGAUCAUUCAUUUGAUUCUAAUUCAAGUUCAUCGAGUUUAUUUCUUAAUUUACCACAAACAAACGAUGAGUUCAGUUAUGCAGCACAGCUGAGAGCUCCAUUAAAAAUAAGAGGAGCAUAUUCCCAAGAUCAAACUGAAUCAUCUUCAUCUUCUAAUGUUGCUCCUUCGUCAUCAUCAUCAUCAUCAGCAUCAUCAAUAGCCUCAUCUCCAGAUAUAACAUCAAAUUCAUCAUCCUCUCAAGCAGAACCAUCAUCAUUUUCACCAGAUGCAACAUCACAUUAUUAUUGUUCACAAUUGGCAUUAUCAAUGGCUGCAUUAAAUUUACGAAGUAUUUGUGAAAUUCAUAAUAUCACUUUUGCCAAUUAUUGUCAAACAUGCAAUGUGCCAAUGUGUAAAAAAUGCCGUGCUCCAUAUCACAAGACACAUGUAACAGUCACAAUUAAAGAGAGCCUUGAAAUUGCCAGACAUGAAUCGAUGAAAGUCUUCAGAGAAAUUGCGACUACUUUGCAAGAAAUUGAUCGUGAUCUUGGAACAAUAACUAUGGAAUAUUCUGCAUUAAAUGAUAGAGCUAAACAAACAACGCAAGAAUUAGAAAAAUGUUGGUUAUUAUUAAACGUUACUGUUGAUGAUGGAAGGAGAAAAUUAUUUCAAGAAAUUGAAAAUGCAAGAAUAUUUCGCAAAGAUAUAUUAAAGGAAAAAAUUAAAAGUUUAAAAAAUUGUCAAAAAAAAUUAAUCAAUUUAUUUAGCGUUCAACAAUUGGCAUUGACAUCAACAAAUACAACAAAUAAUCCAUUUCAUUUGCGUGUUGCCAAUGGUAAAGCAAUUGGAGUGACAUUUGAAGUUGAAGAAACACGUAAAUCAAUAAUGGAAACAGAAGAAAGUUGGAUGGGUUAUUCAUCAUCAGAAAAACCAUUAUUGGACGCUCUCUCAUCAUUUGGAUCAAUGAAAUUAAAUAAUCCAGGACCAAUUGGCGAUAGACGAAUGAUACGUGGACGAUCACAUAAUACAUGGCGGGAACAUUUACCAAAAGCAUUACCACAAUGUCCUCAAGGAAGGCCAAUUGCAUCAAGUUUAUAUCGUGUUAUUGUUUGGAGUGAAAAACCAAAUUGUUCAAUAUUUUAUCCACCACCAAUAAAAAUAAUUGGCAAAAAUACACUUGAACCAGAACAUCCUGAUAAUCUUUGUCGACCAUGGGGCGUUGCGUGCGAUAAGGAUAAUAAUAUAUUUGUCGCUGAUAGAUCGAAUAAUCGAAUUUUAGUAUUUCGUGAAAAUGGAUCAAUAAUAAGAAAAAUUGGAUCAUAUGGCUCAGGUCAAGAACAAUUUAAUCGGCCAGCGGGUAUUACUAUUGACGAGCGACGACGAAUUAUUGUUGCGGACAAGGAUAAUCAUCGUAUACAAAUUUUAACAUUAAUGGGAAACUUUUUAUUGGAAUUUGGUAAAAAAGGAUCUGAUUCGGGACAUUUUAAUUAUCCAUGGGAUGUGGCUGCAAAUACAGCAUGUGAAAUUGUUGUUUCUGACACGAGAAAUCAUCGAAUUCAAUUAUUCAGUCCUGAGGGUAUAUUUUUGAGAAAAUUUGGUAUGGACAGCACUUUUGGUGCAUUUAAACUUCUUGAUUCACCAAGAGGAGUGACAUUUACACCUGAGGGAAAUGUUAUUUUAACUGAUUUCAAUGCACAUCGAAUUCUUUGUGUUGAUUAUAGAUUUGUUAAUGCAAAAGUAUUAAAUUGUGAAGGUGGAAUGAGACCAGCAAAUAAUUUUCAUAGGCCACAAGGUGUAAUUGUCGAUGAUGAUGGCAAUAUUCUUGUAUCGGAUUCAAGAGGCUAUAGAAUAAUGGUAUUUAAUAAAUUUGGAGCAUUCUUGAAUGAAUUUGGAAAACAAGGUGAAGGAAUCGAUGAAGUUGAUCGUCCAUCUGGUAUUGCACUUAUGACAGAUGGUAGAAUUGUCUUUGUAGACUUUGGUAAUAAUCGAGUUGUCAUUCGUUAAUAUUAACCAAAAAAAUUUUGGUUUCUCUAAAUAACCAAAGUUCACAUAUAUAUUUACGUGCCUAUAUAAAAACACGUUUUUAACGUGAAAUAAUUUUUGCUUUAUUUUUUAAUUGAUAUUUAUAUUUUUAUAAAUCAUUUUUCUAAGUGCCAUAUCAAGAAAAAAAGAUUAUCCAAGAUAAAUAUAUGAGAAAAAUUAAUUUUAUAUUUUUUCUCUAGUCACGUAUGAGAAAAAAUUUUCAAUCAUAUAUUUUUUUAUAAUUUUUGUAUAUAUAUAUAUUCUAUUUAAUUUUAAGAUCAGGGUUUUUAACAAUUAUGGAUAAUCAUUCCUGGAAAAGUCAGGAUUUUAUAAACAAAAAAAAAAAAAUUUUUUUUAAGGGCCUUGGACACUCUGUUUCAAAAUAAUCAGAAAGAUAUAACUAUUUUUGACUAUAUAUAAAAAAAAAAUUAUAUUAAAUGAUAUUCAUUACUUUUAUUUUUGUUUUCCAACAAAUAUAUUGAUAUAUAAAGUUAAAUUUAUAAAUUAAAAAGGGUUAUUAAAACAUUUUUUUAAUAUCAAAAAAAAAAAAAAUAAUAAUAAUAUUUGUUUAAAAAUAUUGCAAUGUAAAAAUUUUUUGGACUAGUCAACUAUAUAUAAAUAUAUAUUGUGAAAAAUUAUGAAAUUUUUUUGAUUAAAAUUUGAGGGCAAAAAUCUUGUUUAUUUGCACAGAUUUUAUUAAAUUGCAUAAUGUGACAAGCAAAAAGUGGAUUAUUGUUAACAUUUUUAUUUUGCUGUGACAGCAAUUUAAUUGCUGUUGAAACAAACAGCAAAAAAAAAAAAAUUUUGUAAGCUUUAUAUUGACAAUAUCCAUUUGUAAUAGCAAUAUUUCUUUCUAAAAGUGAAAAAAUAUAUUCCGUUUUCAGCCUUAAAAUUGUGCAACAGUUAUCUGGCUUCAAUUUACGCAAAUUUAAACAAAAUCAUAGGCACUUUUUAAAAAAAAAAAAAUAAAUAAAAACAAAGCAGAAAUAAUUAUAUUGUGUAAAAAAAUCAAUGAAGCCUAGAUGCAUUAUUAUCAAGUUUGUCCAAUAAUUUUAAUCAUAAUGUACUAAAAGUAUAUGCACUUAGUGUUUUGUGUAUCCAAUUUUUGGAACUAAAAUUUAUGUUGGAAAUAAGUCGCAAAAAAAAAAAAAAAUAA